AUGGGGGUUCCGUUUGAAGCUCUCUUGCCUUAUGGAAUUAUAAUUUGUAUGUUUGGGAUUACUGGAGCGGGAAUGUCAAAAAUUAGGCAUAUGCAAAAUGGUGGCAAGAGGGCAAGACACUCUAUUGAUCAAUGGGAUAGAGUGAUGAUGGAUCGUGAUAGAAGGUUGACUGGUUGGCUCAGAGGACAAACUGACAGUCCGACGGCGCCAAAAGGAUAUGAGCUGAACAAUCCAUGGAGAGUGAGCAAAUAUGUCAUUCAAGAGUGUCGUCCAACUGACCAAAUUCUAGUUAGAAAAGCGUAUUACCUGAGAUCACUAACACUUUUCAGUUCGAAUAAGGAGGCUAGAAUAAGACGUAGGAAGAUCUGA